AUGGUCGAUAAAACGACAACAGUCAAGAGCAAUGAACUUUACAUUUUUGAGCUACAGGAAGAAAUUCUAAACUCUUUGGAGCUGAUGAUUUUUGAUAGCUCAGUAACGGAGGUCACUAUUGACAAGCAAACCGAUUCAAAAUCAGCUGUCAAUGAGGCCGAAGACGAUACUCCGGGGCUGCUAGGCUGUCGCUCCUGCGAAAUAGGCUUUUCAUCACCAGUGUCCAGAAAACUGCACUACAAGACGGACUACCAUCGCUUUAACAUUAAACGCAAAAUUAAUGGUCUUCCGCCAAUCAGUUUAGAAGAAUUUGAGGUGCUUGCCGAAAAUGAUGACGUGGAGAGCAUAUCUGGGUCUGACUCAAAUUCAGACUCUGAUAGCGAAGGAGAUAUAUAUCGAGAAGACAAGGACAAACUGUCAGCUAUUCUAGAGGACCAAGUGGCAGAGAUGAAAAUCUCGGAGGAUUCUUUAGCCGGUCCUGAGAGCCAUUUGAACACUCGUUCGCCCCAGAUUUAUUUCAAAUCGAAGAUUUUGGAUAAGAAUGAAAUCUUCGGCGCAUACAAAGCUUUAUUUUCGAAAGUGGCCAUUGAAAGGCCUCUUGAGUCCAUUCGUGAAUGGAACUUGACGGUAUCUUCUGCCUCUAAUCAUGAUAUUCCAUAUUCUGCCCUUUUCAUGGUAGGUGGAGGUCACUUUGCUGGUGCUAUAGUGUCCCACAAGCGUCUCAAUAUAAAAGGGCAUAUGACGAAAAAUGACGAGACACUUCAGGAGAGGGCUGUUCAAUUUCUAGAACACAAAACAUUUCACAGAUAUACAACGAGGAGAAAACAAGGUGGUUCUCAGUCGGCCAUGGAUAACAGCAAGGGCAAGGCAAAUUCUGCUGGCUCUUCUCUGCGGAGAUAUAACGAAACCGCGCUAAGAGUAGACAUUCAACAGCUUCUUUACCACUGGACACCCUACUUGAAGCACUGUAAAAACAUUUUCAUUAGAGCUAAGAGUACCAGUGAUAGAAGAAUGUUUCUAGAUAGCAGUACCUGCCUCGAUAAAAAUGAUAUGAGAAUACGAUCAUUCCCUUUUACCACGAAGCGUCCAACUGGCCAUGAACUGAAGAAAGCGUGGUGCCAGUUGGCAUAUUUACAUGUUAACGAGAAGCCCCAGGCGGACGCCAAGCUAAAAUCUAACGCUGACGAAAUCAUUACUGUGGCAACUCCAGCAAAAGUACAACCUCAAGUGGAAGAAGACCCAAAUGUUCUACACACGAGAGAACUUAUAUCUCUCUUGAAAAAGUCCAAAGCUCCAUUACUGUUGUCAUAUCUUCGCAAAACUGAGCUAGAUAAAAAUUUUCGUUUCCACCCACAGCAGGAGUAUGCACAAACUCCAACGAUGUUGCAUUACGCUGCGCAACAAGGUCUCAAAAACAUGGUUUUGAUCUUGCUCAGCAAUCUCAAGUGCGAUCCAACUAUAAAGAAUGCCUUUGGGAGAACACCGUGGGAGUUAUCCAAAAAAAAGGAAGUGCAGCAGUCUUUUCAAAUCGCAAGAUUCAAUCUAGGGGAGGACUUUACAGACUGGGAGUCAUCCCGUAUUGGUGAACCCGUGAGUAGAGAGGAGAUCGAAGCUCUCAACGAAAAAGAGGACAAGGAGAGAGAGCUCGAAAAGGCACGGCUGAUAAGAGAGGAGCUCUCGGCUGCUAAAGAAAAACAAAGACUUGAGAAAGAAUCGAAAAGAGGACCUGGGAAAACUUUAGUCCCUCUAAUUUCAUCACUCCAACAAACCACAAAUUCUUUAACUGACGAUCAAAGGAUGCGCUUGAUGAGAGAACAGAGAGCCAGAGCGGCGGAAGCGAGGAUGAAGUCGAAUAGUGGAUAA